AAUGGAACGCGGAAAACAAUGCAUCCUGAUAUUUUUUAGAGAAGACAUUCAAGAUUUUUUUUCUUUCGAAAUCGAGAGCAACCGCCGGUAAACAAAGUAUAACUUGUUACCUUUUAAAAGAUACUAGAUGAAUAAUGUGCAGAUCAUUUUCAAUAACAUGAGGGGACUGAAAGAAUGCAGGGCAAAUGGAUAGAAUCAUCGUGUUAUUUGCACUUUUACCUCUAACAUCUGCUUCAAACGCUCAUCACUCUUUGUCGUUGUUUUCAACUUAUAUUCAAGGAGAAACACAAUUUCCUAAAUUUAGUUACAUAACAACUCUGGAUGACAUCACAGUUGGAUACUAUAAUUCAGAGACUUAUUUUCCAAAAGGGAAUACCACGAACGAGGAUGAUGUGAUUGAUUCAGAUUACAUAAAGGGUAUAAGUGACUAUAUGUAUAACUCCUUCGUGAGACGAUCUGCACUGUUAAGGCAACACAACCAAAAUGACAGUCUUGAUGUUUAUCAGACACUGGUUGUCUGUGAGCUGCUGGAACUUGACAAGCCUGGAAAGAUGCUUACUAAAGAUGCCGCCGGAGGCUGCACCACAGAUGAGCUGUGUUACUUUAACAACCACUUUACUUAUACUGUGACUGUAAAUAUUACACAAGAAGUGCUCAAACCCCACCUGGAAGAAUUCAAGCAGAAAUAUGAAAAAUUCUAUCACAAAGUUUGUAUAGAUACUCUCAGGAAUUACCUCAAAAAGAGAGAAAAUGAAAUAAAUAGAAAGGAGAAACCCAGAGUCAGAUUCAUCCAGAAAGCAAACUCAGAUUCUGGAGGGAUUCGUUUGAGUUGUUUGGCAACAGGAUUUUACCCUCGUCACAUCAACAUGACCCUGUUCAGAGAUGGGCAGCCUGUAGCUGAUCAUGAGAUCACUGGAGGAGAUCUGCUACCCAAUGCUGACGGGACGUACCAGAUGAGGAAGAGUCUGGAGAUCAGUGCUGCAGACAAACACAAAUACACCUGCUCUGUCACGCACCUCAGUCUGGACAACAAACUGGACGUCACUUUGGAAUUUGAUUUCAGUGAACCAUUAAAAACAGCGAUUCUCUCAGUGCUGAUAGUUUUGGCUCUGGUGUUGGUGUUUGGGACUGGAGUCAUCAUAUAUAAAUGGAGGAAGAGACGUGCAGAUUCACCCAGAAGUGGUUAUUCUGCUGCUUCUAUUCAGCCCAGGAAGGGCUUCUGA